GUGACCGUUCGGCUGGUUGAUAUUGUUGCAACGAUUUUUUCGCUGUUAAAAAUAUUUAAUAAUAACCAUCGUAGGCGUGCUAGGCACGCUUGUGUGUGAUUGUUAGGCACAGCGCCUAUACUGUGUAUAAAAUCCGCCGCCGACGACAAUAACGCCAUGUCCAAGACCUGUAGCAACAACGCUCGGGAGAUUAACAACAACAACAUGCGGGGAGUCGCCUGCUAAUAGAUCCCAGAUCUGAGAGAACGAAGCCCAAGCCCGAGAUCAUGAGCCAGCGCCAGGAGGGAGCUGCAGCUACCGCUGCCGCUGCUUCAGCAGCAACAUCGUCAUCUUCAACAUCAUCGUCAUCGUCCCAUUCAGUUAGCGCCGUUCUGGGCAGCAAGAUAUCCACCUCUACGCCACAGAAGGGGGAUGAGCAGCAGGAGCAGGAGUUUAUCAACCGGAGUGUGGCCAGCGAGAUCGACGCCAUGUCGAUAUCUGGCUCUGCGUCCGCCGACAGUAGCACCACCAGUGGCACCACUACCACUUCAGCUGCUGCUGGCGCUUCGGGCAGUCCGGUGGCCAAGCGGCAUUUGAGCACGGCCAAUUUAUCGCGGAUACGUCCGCAGUCGAGCUACUCGGCGCGCGUUCUCAUCUUCGACGACUCCGAUCAGGAGGCAGCUAUGGCGGCUGCCGCUUUGGCCGCAGCCUCAUCCUCCUGCAACAGCAGUGUAAAGUCCUGCAGUGGCCUCGAGCUGCUGCCCAUGUCACCAGCUAAGCUGUCUAUUGGACACAAUGACAGCUCAGUGAAUGGCUCAUCGAUGAUGCGCAAUUUGAAUCUAACCAAGAGCUCAUCGGGCGGUCUGUCUGGAAGUUCCACAUCGCUGCACUCUCGAGGAUAUACGGCCUUGCUGCGAAAGAUUUCCUAUCAGCAGCACACCAACUCGCUGCGAGCAGUCAGCAGCGAAGCCUCCAAUUUGCUGCGCAUGCGCCACUCCUCGCUGGGCAAGUCAGCACCUUGUCUCACUGGCAACUAUUUCCGCCACGAACUGUCUGCCCCACCGCCGCCACCGAUUCUGGCUCCUGGCUCAACCAUGGGUCAGCACAACAUCUCGCGAUCGGGCAGCUGUGCGGGCAUCGGUCUGGGUGGUAAGCAUCAUCAUCAUCAUUUGCACGGCGUCGUGAUGCGGGGCUCUGGAGGUGGAGGUGGUGCUAAUGCUGGCAACACCUCGUCAUCGAGCGGUGUGGCUCAUCAUCGCCUCAGCUUGGUAACGAAUGCGGCUGCAGUGGCAGCUGCAGCGGCCGGCGGUUCGAGAGCCCAUUCCCCAUACUCGGCCAGUCCCAUGGACAGUCCGCGCCUCAACUCGCCCAUGCCAUUUGCAUUUGCUCCGAUCAAAAGGAUAGCCUCCUGCCGUGGCGUUGUGGAUGGACGCCGAUGGUCGGUGGCCUCAUUGCCAUCCUCUGGCUAUGGCACCACACCGGGUAGCUCCAAUUUAUCGUCUCAGUGCUCCAGUCAGGAGGGUCUCAACCAAUUGCCGUCGCACAACAACAUUCCGCCCGGCGUUCAGGAGGCGGAUGCCGCUGCCGUGGCCGCUGGCGCCUGCUGUGCCGAGCACCUUAAGCAGCACUGUCCCAAGCACUGUGCUCUGCUACUGGCAGUGUCUCAGAAGCAGCCACAGCCACCGAAGCCCGUUCAGCCACAGAAACUAAUUCCACCGGCGGCGGCGCCGGCGGCGUCUUGUGUCAAUUGCUGUGCCGAACUGAGCCUCGCCUGCGGUGGGCAACAGCAACAACAUACUGGUGGAGGAUCUGCCAACAGCUCCGCCUCGACAAGUGCAAUGCCCGGUGGGGGACGGAUGUCGCCAUACUUUCGCCCACGCUCCAGGUCGCUGUCCAGCCCAUCACGGUCGCCGAUUGUGGACAAUGAGAUUGCUGUCAUGAACACAUUGUACAAGGAACGCUUUCCGAAGGCCACGCAGCAAAUGGAGGAGCGACUGAAGCACUUCAUCAACGAGAACAAGAGUGCAGCAUGUAAUAGCUUUCGGGACUCUCAGCCGAUAGUUCGGUUCGUGCACCACCAAGUGCUGGAAAUGGCCAGGGAUUGUUUGCACAAAUCGGAGGCCAAGCUGAUAACCUCGCAGUAUUUCUACGAGCUGAGCGAGAAUCUGGAGCGUUUGCUGGUGGAGACCAAGGAGAAGUCACCGGAGGCAGCCGCCGAGCUGAGCGGUGUGAUCAAGAAGCUAUUGCUGAUUAUUUCGCGACCGGCUCGGUUGCUGGAAUGCCUAGAAUUUGAUCCGCAGGAGUUCUACGAGCUUUUGGAAGCAGCAGAAGGUCAGGCCAAGGCCAUGCCGGUGAUCAAGGCGGACAUACCGCAGUAUAUUAUCCAUAAGCUUGGCCUAAACCGGGAUCCCAUUGCCGAGUUGCAGCAAGAGUUGCGGGAGACUCAGCAGAUGUGCUCGGAACAGGUCACCGUGAUGGCAGAUCCCACGCAGCCAGGCGGAAGUUGUUUGCUCCUCAAUUCGCCCCUGACGAGUGCAGCCAAGCAGUUGAGUAGCCUCGCUCUGGAUUCAAUUGCUUUGGAUGCAGGAAGUGGAACAGCAACGCCCCAACAGCCACCCCAGACGCCAGUGGCAACGGGUGACACGGCUCCCUCCUUUGCCAUGGCCGUUGGUCAACUAAGUGAGGAGAAGGCAGGAACAAGCAGUAGUAGCAGUGGAACUGGGCCGGGCGCCAGUGCUGGAGGAUUAACAGGAGCGCCCGCCCAACAGCAGCAACAACCCUCACCCCACGAAAACGACUUUGACAUCGUCAAGCUGAUCUCAAAUGGUGCCUACGGAGCCGUCUACCUAGUGAAGCACAAAACCACCCGUCAGCGCUUCGCUAUGAAGAAAAUCAACAAGAAUAAUCUCAUCCUGCGCAACCAGGUGGAACAGGUGUUCGCCGAGCGCGACAUCCUCUCGUUCGCGGACAAUCCCUUUGUGGUCAGCAUGUACUGCUCGUUCGAGACGAAGAAGCACCUCUGCCUGGUGAUGGAGUACGUGGAGGGCGGCGACUGUGGCACGCUGCUCAAGAAUAUCGGUCCGCUGCCCGCGGACAUGGCGCGCUUCUAUUUUGCCGAAACAGUAUUAGCCGUGGAGUAUCUGCACAGCUACGGCAUUGUCCAUCGCGACCUUAAGCCGGAUAACCUUCUAAUUACGGCCCUGGGUCACAUUAAGCUCACCGACUUUGGCCUCUCCAAGAUGGGUCUCAUGUCGCUGGCCACGAAUCUGUACGAGGGAUAUAUUGACUCGGAGACGAGACAGUUUUCCGACAAGCAGGUUUAUGGUACUCCCGAGUACAUUGCUCCAGAGGUUAUCUUACGCCAGGGCUAUGGCAAGCCAGUCGAUUGGUGGUCCAUGGGCAUCAUUCUCUACGAGUUCCUCAUCGGUUGUGUGCCCUUUUUUGGUGAGACAACCGAGGAACUCUUUGCGCACACCGUCAACGAUGACAUCGAGUGGCCGGACAGCGAGGAUUGGCCGGUGCAAACGGAGGCGAAGGACAUCAUUUCACAGCUGUUGCAGCAGAAUCCCCGUGAUCGUUUGGGCACUCAAACGGGUGCCCUGGAGAUGAAGGAGCACGAAUACUUUUUGGGCAUGGACUGGAACUCACUGCUGCGUCAGAAGGCGGAAUUCGUGCCACAAUUAUCCCACGAGGAUGAUACCAGUUACUUUGAUACUCGCAUGGAUCGCUAUAAUCAUGAUCUUGGUGGUGAGGACACGGACGAUACGGAUGACACACCCGUUUUUGGCAGCUUCAACUCAUACACGCCGCAAUAUAGAAAGCAGCAUUACAGUUGGUCGCGACAUGCCACACCUCCAACGGCCACUGAUGGAACCAGGCCACCACCCCUUACAUCUGUGCCAUCGCGUGCACAGGAGAAUCCCUUACCCAUCCCGGGAGUCUCUUCAACUGGAGCCAUGCCUAAGCUUAAAACAGGCCUGGCAACAGGAAGCGGUAACAGCAGCAGCAGAGGUUCUGGUUCCAACGAGGGAGUGGUCAACAAAUUCCUGAAUACGCCGCAGUUGCGUAAGCUGGAUCUCUCAUCCAGCUGCCUGAAAGUGCCCUCCACCCCGGAUGCCGAUUACUUGCCCGAGCUCUUGCAUAAUGUCACCAUUGGCAAUGAUGCAGAGCUGCGCAUGCUGAAACAUUAUCUGCAGCAGCCAACUCAGGGGCCACCACAGCGUCUGCAGCAGCGCCACAGCAUGCCACCCAAUACCACCACGAUUAUAAGCACACCGUCUACUCCGCCACCAUUUCAAACACAGGCCGUCAUGGUGGCCACACCGCCGCCGCCAACAGCCAGCAGCUUCUCGCGCAGCACACCUGAAAGCUCGCAAACGGACAGCGAUGACUUCUCGCCGCAAAUUAACCGAAAGCGAAAGGGUGUCUGCGCACGGGACAUUUUGCCACGCUUUUCCAUCUCCAUUGAAGAUGAAACCAUUUCCGCCGGCAGCUCCUCCACGGAGAACAUGAACUUGCCAAGGGAACAAUCUCCGCUGGCUCUGCAGCAUCAGCCUAAGUCCAUGGACGGCACCAGUAGCGGCAGCAUGAAGCACCAUCGGUCCCGGUCGAUCGUAAAAUCGGCCUCCGCCUUGGGUCUCUCCCUGAUGACAUCGCUGGACAACAGUCAAUUGGCCGCUCAACUAUGCGGCAUCCAAUCUCCGGGCGGCGGUGGCAACGGCUCUAGCACAGCCAGCUCCAGGGAUACCUCGCCGUGUCGUGAGCUCUCCCCCUUGGUGACCAAUCUGAAGCCACCGAUCAUCAUUCGACGAGGACCACGUGGCUUUGGCUUCACGGUGCAUACCAUACGGGUGUACUACGGCGACACAGACUUCUAUACGAUGCACCAUUUGGUUAUGGCCGUGGACGAGGGCAGUCCGGCCUUCGAGGCAGGCUUGCGGCCGGCGGAUCUCAUUACCCAUGUGAAUGGGGAGGCAGUGCAGGGUCUGUUCCACACGCAGGUUCUGCAGCUACUACUGAGUGGCGGUGAGCAUGUUACACUAAGGGCCACGCCGCUCGAGCACACCAGCAUCCAGAGCGGUGGACGAAAACGGGAUCUCAUGCAGAGCAAGCUAGCCAAGAAGGGGCUGAAUCGUCAGAAGAAGCAGACGAAGCGGGAGCACGAUAAGAAGCGCAAAACUUCGCUGUUCCGCAGGAUUAGUAGCAAGCGUGCCAAUGCGGAGAUGCAGCAGUUCUCCGCGGGUACCAGUUCACCCACCACUCCCUCGGCCAGGAAUCUGUCGCCCCUGGACUCUUCGUAUCACAGCAGCAGCUGCUGCCAGUCAGCAGCCAACUCGGCCUCCUCGCAAUCCACCUCGCCCUCAUCGUCAUCUCCCAACACACCCACCGGUUCGAGUGGCUCUAAUGCAGGAGCAGCUCCCGCUCCCUUGGCUCCCUCAUCUCUCAUUGUGGCUGCCCCACCGCCAACGCAGGUGGUGCUCCUACCCCAUGUGGGAGCCGUCGUUGGGAGUAGUCCCACCUCAGUGGGCAAUGUGCCAGUGUCACCCACUGGCGUCGUUCCGCAACUGUAUCAGCGUCCAUCGACCCUACAUGGUCUCAAGCACAAGCUGCACGCAGCCACCGCCGUGAUUGCAGGUGGCGGUGGCAAUGCCAGCAAUCCCGCCGGAGGGUUGAAGACCCUUCAUACCACAAGUAACAAUUCGCUGCCCAACCGCCGGAAGUCAGUGGGUCACAUCCCGCUGUCGCCGUUGGCACGAACUCCAUCACCUUCGCCGCUGCCGUCGUCGCCCACAAGAUCUCCAUCGCCCUUGGCCUUUCCAUUAGUUGGACAUCAGCCAGGUGCCUCGAACACCACACAGUCUUACAGUCCGGGCAGCACCCUGCCCACACUGCAAACGGGAGCGGUGAGUGCUAACAGCAAGAAGGGCGGGUUCGCUCGGACAAAGUCAGCAGAACCCAGUUCGCCGCUGCUGAGGAGAGCCUUGUCUCCGGAUCGACUGCAUCCGCGCAGUGCGGAGACAAAGAUAUCACCACUCUGCUGCUCGCCGCCAAUUAAGCAGCCAACACACACACAGCGCGUGGUGGCUACCACUUGGCGGUCAACGCCAGGCUCCAAUGGAGGAGCAGGGAGCACAGCUCAACCGCCACAACAGCAGCAGCAAGUGGUGACGGCAUCAGCACCGCCUGAGGAAUCUCAGCGGCAAACCCAGGGGGAAACAGCCGCCACGACUGCCACAGAGGUCACUCUGGCCAACUGUGAGCCAUUGCCACGCAUUGCCGAGGAAAAGGACUCGCCCACCAGCAGCACUCAGGACAACAUCAGCUGCAUAUCCGAGGGAUUCAUGCCAGCCAUCGAGGAGUAUGCCGAGGGUGAGUCCACAUCGUCAUCGCCAACGCAAACACUGGAGAAGCCGACAAAGGUGAAGGCCACCGAGCAGCCAGAGAUGGAGCCAGCUGGCAAGGCCAAGAAGAUAGAUCUAGGAAAGCCCACAUCCAAAGCCAAGCCUCCGAACAUCAGUGGCUGCAAGACUUCGAUGACAACGACAAAGCCUGCCAGUCCCAGCGUGACCAUUACCACGGGACCACGCAAGGACUCGACGGGUGGAACUGCAACAGCAUCAGCCCCAACAGCAGCCACUUCUGCUGCCAAGCAGAGGAAGUAGCGCCAGUGCAGCAGCCGCCGUGAUGGAUACGGAUGCUUGUGCUUUAAGUUCCGCGUUUAAAUAUUUCAACUUGGAUGUUCUUUGGAGACAAAGGAUAAAGUGGAAGGAAAGAAGGAGGCAGCCGCAGGAAUUCAAUAUAUAUAUAUAUAAUUACAUAUAACAAGGGAUUGCGUUUUAAACUCCUUUUUCUUCGAUGUAAGCUUGCUUUUACACAACUCUAGCAAUGCAAAUUAAUUAGAGAAUUCUUAAAACCCAGUAGCUUGUAGCAUGUCAAAACUAAAACCUAAAACAUAAAGGAAAAUCGCUUGAAAAACAAAAAAACAAUUCUUAGUGUAAAUUAUAGUAGGCACGAGACAAAACGAACACGAUAUUCCAGUUGAAGCAAAUCCAAGAGGCACCCACGCAAUUAUGUACUGUAUAUAAAUGUGAAACAUUGAUAGAAUAUUAACGAAUUGUGGACUACGGAUAAGAAACGAAGUCUGUCUAAAGAAGGAAGAGUAGAAGCAGGAGGAGCAGAGUCAUUUGGAGCGGAAUGCGCCCAGUCGUGUCUCGUUUAUAACAUUUUUUGCGAAUCUAUACACUAUGCCGAGAAUGCAAUAUAAAAUCUAUAUUAAAUAAAUGUGUUAUAUAUGUGU